GCUCUCAGCCUCGGCGGUCCCCCACAAAUACUGUAACCACCCACCACCAUCACUACCACCACCACCACCCUACGCUCUCUACCAUCAUAACAACAACUUAUCCCUCAUUUCCUCCCACUGUCGCCAAUCAACGUUAGAAAGAAAAAUACAACACUCCUUCAGCAGAAACCUGUGCCCACUCGCUACAGAUCAACAGGCUCCGCUUCAAAAUCAACCACUCGCUCGUUCAAUUCUCAUCCCAUCCUACAAAAUGCGUUCAGCUUUCGUUCAGUUGGCCGUUCUCGUGGCCUCCGCUUCGUUGGCUACCGCCCAGACAUGGACUGCUUGCAACCCCAUGGAGAAGACUUGUCCUAACGAUCCGGCACUUGCUGGAACUUACGACCAUGUUUACGGUGGUGCGGCUCCGGACUUCACCACUACUGCCGGUGAAGACGUGAUUAAGUAUGGUGGUGCGGAUGGUGCCAUCUUCCGUGUCGAGAAGAAGCUGGACGCUCCCACGAUCGUCAGCAAUUUUUACAUUAUGUGGGGACAUCUGGAUGUCACCAUGAAGGCGGCCCCUGGUGGUGGUGUCGUGUCUUCGGUCGUUCUCCAGUCCGACAACCUUGACGAAAUUGAUUGGGAGUGGGUCGGUUCGAAGCCCGAUGAAGCUCAGUCGAACUACUUCGGAAAGGGAAACACCGACUCCUACGACCGUGGAGCUGUUCACCCCAUCACCAGCCAGGACGACUUCCACACCUAUUCGUUCGACUGGACCCAGGAGAAGCUCGAUUGGAUCAUCAACGGGCAGGUCGUUCGCACCUUGAAGCCUGCCGACGUCAAGGGAGACUACUAUCCCCAGACCCCUAUGCAGGUCCGCAUGGGCUCUUGGGCUGCUGGCGACCCAGGCAAUGAGGAGGGUACUAUUCAGUGGUCUGGAGGUCCGAUUAACUACAAGGAGGGUCCCUACGACAUGCUGGUCAAGGAAAUCAAGGUCAUCGACUACUCGACUGGAACGGCUUACCGCUUCAGCGACAAAACCGGAAGCUGGGAAUCGAUCGAGGCUCUGGGAGGAGGAAAGAUCGGUGCUGGACCGCAGAGCGGCUCCGGAAAUGCUGGCAAGCUCGCCACAUCGUCGGCACCCACGUCCGAGUCCACCUCUCGCCCUGCUCUCACUAAGACUGGAGUUCUGAUUCCCACCACCAACACUGCUACGAAGACAGGCGUCCACCCAAUCGCCCACCUCGCCAUCAUCGCCUUCGGUUACUGGAUCCGAUGAAGUCCUUUACACUGGAGCGGCCAGCAAGUCCAGUACUAUGGGAGGAGCCUUUGUUAGUUUGGCGGCGGGGUUGGUAAUUGGGUGGAUCCUCAUCUAGGUACAUAACGCUAUUGGGGCGACUGCGGAGGAAGGAUAGGUCCAGAGAUGUGAGGAUUUGUGUGCUUA